UGCUGGAGUGGAUGCAGGACACGGGACGCUGAUGCUGAUGCUGGGGGACCCGCACAGUGAUGGAGCGGCGACGACGCUGAAAAGGAUGCACUAAACACCCUUGUCGAUCUGCGAGGCGCUUUUCUCACGGACGCCUGGCUCUCCGUGUUACAGAAGCUUGAGAGAUGUAUGGCAGCGCGCGGGCCGUCGGCCACAUGGAGGGCAGCCCCGCUCGCUCCCCGCGGCUGCCCCGCUCUCCUCGGUUGGGGCACCGUCGGGCUAACAGCGGCAGCUCGGGUGGCAAGACCUUAUCCAUGGAGAACAUACAAUCCCUCAAUGCUGCCUACGCCACGUCUGGCCCGAUGUACCUGAGCGACCACGAAGCCGUCGGGUCCACGGCUACCUACCCCAAAGGCACCAUGACGCUGGGUCGGGCCACGAGUCGAGCGAUGUACGGCGCUCGGGUCACGGCCAUGGGCAGCACCCCUAACAUCCACACGGCAGGAAUCCCUCACGCCGACCUGCUGUCUUACGGCGACCUGGGCUCGCUGUCGAUGCUCCACCACCAGGGGACGCCGUCUGCUCUGCUGCGGCAGGCGGUCAGGGGAGGUGGCGGGGAACUUUUGGAGCUCCAGGCACAGCUACGGGACAUGCAGAGAGAAAACGAUCUCCUUCGGAGGGAGCUGGACCUGAAGGACAGCAAGCUGGGCUCCUCCGCCAACAGCAUCAAGAGCUUCUGGAGCCCCGAGUUGAAGAAAGAACGUAUAAUGAGGAAAGAGGAGGCAGCGCGCACUUCUAUCCUUAAAGAACAGAUGCGGGUGACCCAUGAGGAGAAUCAGCACCUGAUGGACGCCAGGAGGACAAAGCACCUCCAGUUGACCAUUCAGGCCUUGCAGGACGAGCUGAGGACUCAACGCGACCUCAACCAUCUUCUCCAGCAGGAGAGCGGCUCACGGGGCAGCGGGGGCGAUCACUUCACCACCAUCGAGCUGACCGAAGAGAACUUCCGUCGACUCCAAGCCGAACACGACCGUCAGGCCAAAGAGCUCUUCCUCCUGAGGAAGACCCUGGAAGAGAUGGAGCUGAGGAUCGAGACGCAGAAGCAGACGCUGGGAGCCCGAGACGAGUCCAUAAAGAAGCUUUUGGAGAUGUUGCAGAGUAAAGGGCUUCCCUCAGCCUCGGGAAGGGCAUCAGAUGAGGAGGAACAAGAGCGAGCCAGGCGUAUAGCAGAAGCAGAAGCUCAGCUGGGACACCUAGAGGUGAUAUUAGACCAGAAAGAGAAGGAAAACAUCCAUCUGAGAGAGGUUUUUUCUCAGGAGCUUCAUCGCAGAAACCAGCAUCACCCAGACCCUGGAAAAACUAAAGCUCUUCAGACUAUCAUAGAGAUGAAGGACACCAAAAUCGCAUCCUUGGAACGCAACAUUCGGGACCUGGAGGAUGAGAUCCAGAUGUUGAAGGCGAAUGGAUUGCUGAACACGGAGGAUCGAGAAGAGGAGAUCAAACAGAUGGAGGUGUACAAAAACCACACCAAGUUCAUGAAGUCCAAGAUUGACCAGCUCAAGCAGGAGCUCUCGAAAAAAGAAUCCGAGCUUUUGGGUCUGCAAACGAAACUGGAAACUCUGAAUAAUCAGAAUUCAGACUGCAAACAGCAUAUUGAAGUGCUCAAAGAGUCCCUCACUGCCAAAGAGCAACGCGCUGCCAUCCUACAAACAGAGGUGGACGCUCUCCGAUUGCGUCUGGAGGAGAAGGAAUCGUUCCUUAAUAAGAAGACGAAGCAAUUGCAAGACUUGACUGAGGAGAAGGGAACACUUGCUGGGGAGAUCAGAGACAUUAAAGACAUGCUGGAAGUCAAAGAACGCAAGAUCAACGUCCUGCAGAAAAAGAUUGAAAACCUUCAGGAGCAGCUGAGGGAUAAAGAUAAACAGCUCGGGAAUCUAAAGGACAGGGUGAAGUCUCUCCAGACGGACUCCAGCAACACUGACACUGCCCUCGCCACGCUAGAGGAAGCUCUGUCUGAGAAGGAGCGAAUUAUUGAGCGCCUGAAAGAGCAAAGAGAGAGGGAAGACCGAGAGAGACUAGACGAGGUGGACUCGUAUAAAAAAGAGAAUAAAGACCUGAAAGAGAAGGUGAACACUCUACAGCUGGAGUUAACGGAGAAAGAGUCAAGUCUCAUAGAUUUAAAAGAACACGCCUCCUCGCUGGCCUCAUCGGGGCUCAAGAAAGACUCCAAACUCAAAUCUCUUGAGAUCGCAAUCGAGCAGAAGAAAGAGGAAUGCAAUAAACUGGAGACACAGUUACAAAAGCAAGCAGAGCAGCUGUUCAGUCAAAUGAACAAUCCCAAGGCCCACGAGGUGGAGGUGCAGCAAAGCUCACGUGGGAACCCCGAGUAUGUGGACCGGGUCAAACUUCUGGAGAAGGAGGUGUCCUACUACAAAGAGGAGUCCGGGAAAGCCCAGAAUGAGGUCGAGAGGUUACUGGAGAUUCUGAGAGAGGUGGAGACGGAGAAAAAUGACAAGGAUAAGAAGAUUGCAGAACUGGAGAGUCUUGCUCCCAGGCAAACCAAGGAUCAAAAUAAAAAAGGCCCAGGCAUCAAGCUUGGCCCUCAGAUGGACAAGAAAGGCCCUGGUAACAUCUUGCAAGACCAGCGCAAGGAUAAUCCAAUGGACAACCCAAAGAUGGAGGAGUUGCUGAAUGUUUUGGAGAAGACGAGGCAGGAGUUGGAUUCCACCAAGCAGCGUCUGUCCUCCACCCAACAGUCUCUUUCCGAGAGAGACGGCCAUCUGACCAACCUCCGACAGGAGCGCAGAAAACAGCUCGAGGAGAUCUUGGAGAUGAAACAACAGGCUCUGCUCGCUGCUAUCAGUGAGAAGGAUGCUAACAUUGCUCUGCUGGAGCUGUCAUCGUCCAAUAAGAAGAAGACACAAGAGGAAGUGCUGGCCCUGAAAAGAGAGAAGGACAGGCUGAUGCAUCAGCUCAAACAACAUACACAGAGCAGAAUGAAACUGAUUACCGACAACUACGAGGAUGAUCAUUACCACCUUCACGCUCCACCUCCCCACAUGCAGCCUCAACCCCUUCAUCCUCAACCCCAACCCCAGCCUCCGUAUCCACAGGCCCAGCACCCUCACCCUCAGGCCCAGCACCCUCAGGCCCAGCACCCACAGGCCCAACACCCACAGGCCCAACACCCACAGGCCCAGCACCCGCACCCACACCCACAGGCCCAGCACCCGCACCUCAGGCCCAGCCCACAGGCCCAGCACCCACACCAGCCUCCUUACCCACAUGCGCCCCAUCCCCAACACCCGCAGCCUCCUCCCCACCACCAACAACACCCACAGCAGCCCCCCCAGCCUCAAUACCCUCACCCGCAACACCCCCAGCACCCACAACCACCUGGCCCACACCCGCACCAGCCCAGACCUCAACCGCCCCACCCUCAACACCCUCAUCCCGGGGUCCCUCCGCAGCAGCAGCAGCAGCAUCCACACCCCCAGCACCCUCACGGACCACCGCCUCAGCAGGGCCCCCACCCGCAGCAGCACCCCCAUCACCCCGGCCAACAGGGCCCACACCCUCGACACCCUCCGCCACACCAUCGGGGUCCAGGCCGUGGACCGCCUCAUCCCGGACACCGCCCCGCCCCGGACCAGGAUGAUGAAGAAGGAAUUUGGGCAUAACCAUACCAAAGCUAUGAUGAUGUUUUUUUGGGGGACAAUUCAGUCACUAAUGGAGGAGCACAGCCAUGCCAUACAGAUGAAAUUCUACAUUGUUCACUUGGCCAGUCUUUACCUACACUCAGAUUCACUCUUUUCGAUGGGGCCAUUUAUUUCCAUGCGUUAAGGAAAGAGGCGGAGCAUUAGUGUGAGUGGGAGGGCCAAAGCUGGAGAAGACCACCUGAGCAGAUGAUUAAAAAAAGUAUAAAUGGAAGUCUGGACUGAACAAACGCAGUCACUUCCUGGUGCAGCCCUUUUUCUAAAGACAUUCGCCUUGAAGACUAUCAAUGCUCAAAUCAAAAUGAGUCACUUCAGCUGCUCCUUGUUGUCUGGUUUCCACAUACGACCAGUGCAUGAAUCCAGCUGGCCCCUCCCCUUCAGCACAUUGCCCCGCCCACUCAGAUCUAGCUCCACCUCUUCAACGAGGCAACAAGUCAGCUUGCACUUAUUCAAGCCUGAUUUCUCUGCUUUUUAUGUGAAAACCCAAUGUAAAAUAAUACCAUCUUUUUUUUUUACAAUCACAUCUGCAUUUGCAGUUGAAAUCUUAAAAGGGCAACUGUUGCCUGCCUUCUAUUGUUUAGGUUUUAUUACAUGUGCUAUACAUAUAUGUACUUAGAUUUGAACACUCAUGUAAUUUCUCUGUGCCACGUUUAGCCUCCAUCGUUGGUUCUUUAGUGAAUAUUGGACCUUAUAGAGGUGGUAUCUAUCUGUCACGUCUUUAGAGUUACCUUAGUUGACCCUCAGAGGUAGUCUACUCUAUGCAGAGUUCAUUUCGUCUCACCAAUUAUAACGCACAUAACAUACACCAUGCUUAGCAGAAUUUGCCCUUUCUCUUUGCUUGUGCUCCACCCCAAGCCCGGUUUGAGUGUUAGCUCUCAUGCACCUAUGCACCUCCACCCCUUACAACAGGGAACGUUUCUUAUGGUGCUUCAACUGGUGCUCAGGCCCAAAAGAGAUGGAGACAGCCAUGGGUACAAUCAUUUCAGACAUCAACUGAUCUGUAACUACAUCCAUGGCGCCAUCAUACGAGUUCUUCGGAAGAUGAUUGAGAUGGUCUCCCAAGAAAUUGCUACAGGUUGUAGUUGUAUGUCCCACAAAAUGAACUGUGUCAAGAUGUCGUUUGACAAGGCCAGUCCAACCAUAAAGGGAAUGUCCUUCCUCCUUUAAACGAACCGUCCCACCAGGUACUGGCGGAGCUACCGCAGAUUUGUCGUAACGUCUCAACAUGGUGGCGAGUGCCUAUUUAUAAAUAAAUAGUAGAUAUAUAGAUAGAGAUAUACUAGCUAAAUAAAGUGAGUCUACUGUGGUCAGACUAUUGUGUCGGAAAUCAAAGGAAACUUCUUUUCUGGUGUGUUUGAGUUGUGUGUGUGUGUGUGUUAUCGUUGUCUGUUUGGCCCUCACACUGCUCUCGUUACAAGAUCUUGGCAUUGGAGUCUGCGCAACAAAAAGGUUGUUUGCGGAAUCCAGUUUCGUGACCUUCAGCUAGACGGUGUUGUAUAGAAUAUGUUGCACCUCUCAAAAAGAAUGAGUCAUUAAUGAGUUCUUAAAAAAACACUCAGCUCAAGCGCACUUGAGGGUAAAGCUGCAUUCAUGCUGAAAGCAAACGGCAGUCUUUUAUUUGGUGAAUUGUAUCGCUGUCAGUGUGAAGGCAUCUUAAAGGGAUAGUUCACCCAAAAAUACAAAUUCUGUCAUCAUUUCCUCACCCUCAUGUUGUUCCAAACCUAUAU